GGCCGUCCUCGUCUAUUCCUUCAGUUUCUUUUUUUUCUUUGAAACGAAACUUUGUUGCUACAUUUAAGAUAACUAUUUUGCUUCGCAAAAGAAAUAAAAUAAUAUUGCAGAUGGAUCUUGGAUUAAAUCUAGAUUCCAUAUAGAUCUAUAGUUCUUAUACUAAUAACAAUGUUAUUUUAUGAAGAUGACUUUUUUUUUAUUCGGAUAGGCCUCAUCUUGAUCUCAGGUCUAGAUUUAUUUAAUUUAAAUGUGAAAAUGGUUUCAACAGGAUCAAAGAUAAAUAACGGAUUCAAGACAAUAAGAAACAAACAUUCGUAUCAAAAAAAGAAAGCUCCAAUACUUUUAAAGAAAAUGCAUCGUAAAUAUCCAUAUAAAAUGACUGCGGUUUCAAAACAUCAUCAUUCUGUCGAUACUGAGUCAAACAUAUUAACUGAAAAAUUUCUUAAAGUUAUUGCUUCAGAAAACAAUAAAGAAGCGCUCGAUUUGGUUUCAGAAAGUGAAAAACACAUCAAGACUAUACGAAAAUCAUCUUUGAAUAAAGCGCUACUCUUUUCUUGCCGGAAAGGAAACAAAUUUCUGGUACAAAGUCUUUUAGCGUAUGACAUUGACAUCAACUGCAAGGAUGCUGGAGGCAACACACCAUUGAUGAUUUCUGCUAAAAACGGUUUCUACGAUAUCGCUAGAUUAUUACUACUUAAGAGCCCUAAGAUGAACUGUCGGAAUAGUCAUGGUGACACAGCUUUAUUGCUGUCUAUAACAAAAUCUGGUUCUAAAGAUAUGGUUAGCUUAUUUUUGGAACAAAAGUCAAUAGAUUUCUUUUCAAAAAAUGAUGACGGUGUUACUUGUUUCACAAAGGCAAUAGAAAUGUUGGAUUUUGAGCUAUUUAGAACACUUUUGAUAAAGUCAUACUAUGAAUAUCGAGAAAGCUCUAUAUUAAGAAAAUGUCUGUCUAUUGCAAGGCGCACGGCGGAAAGACUUGACAUUUCUAACAUAUUUGAUUAUAUGAAGCAAGAAAUUUUAGAACACAAGUUUGCUUUUAAUACAGCGGUUUUAAAAAGUGAUUUCAAAAGUGUUAAAUUUCUGUUUGAUUAUGGAUGGAUGACAAAUAAGAACAGAUCCAAAUACGAUGAAAGUUUUCUAAUGGAAGCUUUGAAACUUUAUAAGAAUAACAAAUCUGACUUAAAUCAAAAUGAUAUUGACAUUGUAAAACUGUUGAUAUCAAGAGCAAAAGAAAGUGAUCAUCGCGCAGAAAGUAAUAUUCUUCACAUCGGAGUAGAUAUUGGAAAUAGUGAGCUUCUAAGUCUACUGUGUCAAUACGUUAACACAAAGUAUUCUGAAGAGACAUUGAAUUAUAUAUACACCAAUGGACUAGAGGCAUUAUUCAACAAAUACAAUCAUGCAUUUGUACACAUUCUUUUAGGUAGUCGGCAUAAUUUAUUGACUUUGUGUGAGGGAAGAAAUAACUUGAUUGGAAAGGCUUUAGAAGUAGGCGCAUUAGAGUUUGUUGAGCUGUUUGUUAGCGAUGAGAGAGAAUUUGAUGUGACGGAGAAUCUUUUAACUGCUAUAAAAAAUUGUCGACUCGCUUGCUUUAACUUUAUUGCAGAAAAAUUCCAAGCAGAAACAAUUGUAACUAUUAGUAAAGUCGAAUCCGUUUUUUUACAUAAAGCAGUUAAAGUCGGAAACAAAGAGAUUGUAGAAAGGUUGAUUUCUCUGGGCGCAGAUGUGAAUGCUGUUCAUAAAGCUAAAUCUCCAUUAAUGUAUUGUUUAGAUGCUGGGAUCGCUAAAAUUCUCUUAUCAAAAGGAGCUAAAGUUACAUUGAAAACAGAUGUUAGCGAGCCGAGUGCACUAUUGAAUUUGUAUUUAACAGCUCACAAGUAUAAGUACUACUACGAUGAAAAGAAAAAAUCAAGUGAUGAAAUAAUAGAAGCGACUCUAGAGCUGACAAAGUUGUAUCUGAAUCACGGAGCUAACAUCGACGACAAAGACUCUGAGGGUAAAACGGCCCUAAUGUUGGCAUCAUCUUUAGAAGGUUACACAAAAGUCAUCACGUAUUUACUUGAAUCUGGAGCAGACUCUACCAUGUCAGACAAAGAAGGUCAUAGUGCAAUAUAUUUUGCUGUUGCUAAUGAAAUAGUGACAAACGUUGAAGCGUUACUGAAAUUUCAAAAAGACAUCAAUGCACAGUGCACAUCCAGUGGUUUGACAGCUUUACAUCUAGCAGCAGAACGAAACAACUUGGAUAUAUUACGCUAUCUAGUAAGCUACCAAGCCAAUCUAGAAGCUGUAGACAGUAACGGGAAUACAGCUUUGCUUAUCGCCAUAAGAAAUAUGUCAUUAGAUAAAAAAGACGCCAUUCUUUAUUUAUUAGAUGCAGGUUGCAACAUAAACCACCAAAACAAUGACCAUCAAACCGCAAUUAUUAUUGCUGCUGAAAACUCUAAAACAGAAAUGGUGACAUUGUUGUCUGAGAGAGGUGCAGAUUUAAAUGUUAGAAACUCUUUGAAUCGUAAAAAUGUUGCAGAAAUCAUGGCUGACAAAACUGCGUUUUCUUCAUCAUAUGAUAAAAGAGAGUUUAUUAUAUGUACUGAAAAUUUACUGAAAAAAGGUGUUUCUGCUGCCAAUGUAACUCAAAACUGCAUCUUUAGAUUAAUUUUAGAUAAUCGGUUUAAUCUGAUACAGAGACUUAUAUUAGCAGGUGUAAGUCCUUAUGAAAUCUCACAAAUUGUAUUAAAUACGUAUGUCUAUUUUUACAGCUCAACAGUAGGUCUAACUGUUUCUCCAUUUCGUUACGCAUUGAUGAAUGAUAAAUUACAACUUGCUCAAUAUUUCAGUAGUAUUUGCUUUUUAACUCCCUCGGAUUGUUCGUAUCAGCAAUACAUUAUUUGCCGAGAACAUUUGACUAAAAAGAAUUUUUCAAAAUGUGUGGAAUUCGUGGAUGAUCUCUAUUCUCAGCCAAUGUCUCUAGAGAAGCUGGCACUGAUAACAGUGUCCUCGCUUAUUGGGCCUGGAUUGACAAGAGAAGACAAGGUCAAAGGGCUACCACUUCCUACCAAGUUUAAAGACCAGCUUCUGUUUAAAACAGAGAGUACUUUGAUUCUUGACACAGAGUGUGAUGUCAUUGAAAGCACAGAAGUUAUGGAGUACUUUCCCUUCCUAAUUAACUUUAACUCUGUACCAGAUUCCGAAAUGAGUGCUUAUUACGGAUAUGAAUCUGCUGAUUUUGAUUACGAUGUUUAUGAUUCUUAAUGGAAAUGUGAAUUUUUAUAACUAUGUAUUAAGUUCUUGUUUUUAAAUGGGAUAAAAAUAUGUUUUGCCUUGAUAAUUUUCGUAGCAUUUAGGUUCACAUUUGCACGAUUUUCUUUAUUUAUAUGUUAUAUAUAUUAACAUAUUUUUUUAAUGUUUUAAUUGAUAGAUGCACUUGUUCAUUCUAACCAGCUUAUUUUCAACAACAGCAACAAAAAAAAAAAAGCUUUGCGUAUAAAACACAAUUUGAAAAGUAGGUUGACAGAUCUUGUGUGGUUCGCCGGCGGUCCAGCAGACCUAAGGAUAGAUGAAAGUGAAUGUGAAGUUAGAUGUGAACCUGGCCUAACUGAUGUCUUAUAAUGAAUAUCUAAUUGAUCUGAUUGUUUUAUAAACGUUCAAUCUCUUAUAAACAUUUUCGUGAAAAAAAAAAUUCAUUAGUUAAGUGUUAUAUAGUUGUGAUGUGGUAUUGCAGUUCACGCGAUAGUAUGAAAAACUGUUGUUUUAAAUUAUUUUUAACUUAUAUGCAUACUAAAUAGAUUUUCUUUCUUAUAUUUAAACAAGAUUACAAAGAGAGUUUGUGUUACACAAACUCAGAGGCGGCCCCCGUCGAAGUCGGAUCCCUGUCGGAUCUGCAUAUUCGCAAAUAAUAUUCAAGAGGUGAUUUAAUUUUGAUGUAAAAUGUUUUACACGUUUCGGAUGUUCCUUCAGAGUUGAAGAUAAUUACUUCCUAGUCCAAACCUCCCGCAGGACGACGGGGGAUGGGAGCGGGCAGGGUUUGAACCCUGGGCCGUCCAUAAAUCUGAACGACAGUCCAGCGCGCAAACGGCACGACCAGGCAGCCAUCAGAUGGUCAAAAGUAAUAAUGUUUCAAAGAUUCAUUUGCCGUAAAUUUAAAUUUAAAUUUAAUAAAAAAAAUAGUAGAUUAGUUUUAGUAUAUUAAAACAUUACAAUAUUGAUCAAAACGUUUGGAAAUGAAAAUCUACACUUUUUUUUUACACUUUAAGUUUAGAAAUUGAAAUUCUACAUCUUAAUCUAGUCUAUUUUAGUCUAAACUAGAUCUAGAAAUUCUAGAUCUAGACUCCAAAAUAAUUUUAAUUAGAAUAUAAAUCCAGAUCUAGAUAUACUGUAAUAAAAAUCUAGAUCUAGUUUUAAAAAAAUCUAGAUUAGAUCUAAAUCAAGAUAUCAUUCCUUUUUUAAACUCGAGUCACAUAACGAGGCUUAAUAAACAUUACUAUACCGAGUUCUUUUUUCAUUUGAAGAAUUAAUUCCAUAUAACGUCAGAGGGAAAAAAAAACACUACGUCACACGGCCUAGCUAGACUAAAAAUCGCCUUCAUCUAUAAGAGCCUUUUAUCGAGUGUUCAUAGACUUUGGUGCACCGAGUGCGUUCUUUAAGCAUUUCAUUUAAAGAAUUCAUUCCAUAUGACGUCAAAGGAAAAAAAACACUACGUCACACGGCCUAGCUAGAAUAAAAAUCGCCUUCAUCAUUACGAGCCUUUUAUCGAGUGUUCAUAGACAUUGGUGCACCGAGUGCGUUCUUUUAGCAUUUCAUUUAAAGAAUUCAUUCCAUAUGACGUCAAAGGAAAAAAAAAACACUACGUCACAAGGCCUAGCUAGACUAAAAAUCACCUUUAUCAACACGAGCCAUUUCUCGAGUGUUCAUAGACAUUGGUGCACCGAGUGCGUUCUUUUAGCAUUUCAUUUAAAGAAUUCAUUCCAUGUGACGUCAAAGGAAAAAAAAACACUACGUCACACGGCUUAGUUAGACUAAAAUAUGUUUUCAUUAAUACAAGCCAUUUUUUCGAGGGUUAAUAGACAUUGGUGCACCGAGUGCGUUCUUUUAACAUUACAUUUAAAGAGUCCAUUCAUAUGACGUCAAAGAAAAAAAAUUCCAUUUCCUCACAAUAGGCUAGUACCGGUACCAUAAAAAAAAAUGUCUUUAUUUACACGAGAUAUUUAACGAGGGUUCAUAGACAUUGGUGCACUGAGUUCUAAUAGAUAUUAUUUAAAAAGGAUCAAAGCCACAUUGUUUUUGCGAUUUGUCUGUCAGUCGGUCUGUCCGUUAUCUUGAUAUAAAAAAAAACAACUAAAAGUUAUUAAAAAUUGAUUAACCUUUAUUUUACGUUUCAAAACAUCGCAAUAAUUUUUAGGUAUGAACACAAUUGAAAAGUUUAUAUAAUAGAUUGUUCCGGAUGUUUGUAUAAAUAGUAAAAGAAAAAGAGAAUUUCAGAUAAAUGUAAUACCGUUAAUUAAAUUUUUUGGAUGGUCUCGUAUAAAAAUUAGAUGUACUACAGCCACGUGGAGAGAUUUUCAUACCUUACUUUGGUGUUUGGAUUCUGUUUUCCUUAAAAAUCGGAACAUAAUAUUAACGAUAAUUAGAUUUUUUAAUGUUUUAGGUAGAAAGUUAAAUGUACUGUAAGAGAGUAGUGAGUUAAAAUAUUUUUCAUAAAAAUCCGUAAAAACAUUAUUUCGUAAAUGAGAAGAUUAUUUGUUUAUUAAUUAGAAGAGGGAGUUCAAACACUUAUUUCGCGUUAGUAGAUUUUUAAAUAAAUUCGGAAAUUUCUGACGACGAUUUGUAAGAAACAAAAUCCGGAACUUUCUUUAUCGAUUACAAAAAUUCUAUGUUAUGUUUUACAAGAAAAUUAAAUGUCUAAAAAGUAAUUUUCAGUAAUCAAUUCUAGUAAAUUACUUUUUUUAAAAGCCUUAUGCGAUUUCAAACAAUCAUUAGGCAUAAUUCAUGUUUUAUAAAACAAUAUCCGGAACAUUUUUACACUUAAUGAAAUAUAAGUCAGUAUAGAGAUUAUGAUUUAGCAUUAAUAUGCUAUUUACAUAAAAAACGGAACAACAUAUUAUUGAUAAUGUGUUUUUGCAACGUUUAAGCAUGGAAAUUGAAUGUAAUAUAAGUUAGAAGAGCAAACAAACAUUUGUUGGCGUUGAUUAGUUUUGCACAAAAAAAUCCGGAACAAUCAAUUUUAGAUACUUAAAACUAUUGAGAUGUUAUGGGAGGAACAUUAAAGGGUAAAUCAGAUUUUCAAUAGCUUUUAGAGUUCUAGUUUUUUAAAUCUAAUCGUGACGGACAGACCGACCAACAGAAAAAACGCACAAAAAUAAGCUUCUUUUAUUCGGAUGGGGGCACUAAACAAAAAAUAAAUAAAAUCUGAUUUUUAAAAAAAGUUUAAGGAAUUGGUUUAGCACCUGAUCAUGUUGCGACGUUACGCUACUGCACGAAAAUCGCUGCAUAAAAAGUCCAUUUAAAAAAAUGUGCGUGAUAUUUACAUACAAAGUGCAUUAUUAGCCUUUAUAAACAAACAGAAAUGUUUUCUUUUAAUUUUAGCAGCUAGUUGACCAGAAAAAACGUCUUUAACUAUUAUUUGUAUUUGUUGUAAACAUUUUCUGUACAUUUUAAAAAUAUAUUUGACUUAGUGAUACUGAAAAUACACAAAAAUUGUCCAUCUUUGUUAGCAUAUUGUAACAUUGCCUCCCUUACAUUUACGUAAUUGUUUUAGAAUUGGUGUAUUUUUAUGAAAAAAUCGCUUGCAUAAUUAAUUUUAUAAAUUAAACGGUUUGCUUUUAGAAAACCAAAAGUAGCCGUUGCACCUAAACUUUUCAAGCCGGAUUUAAUGAUGAAAUAAUAUUUUUCAUAUCUCUUCUAGUUUUCGAGAUCUGAGUGUGACAGACGGACAGACGGACAGACGGACAGACGGACAGACGGACAGACGGACAGACGGACAGACGGACAUUUUGCACAAACCUAAUAGCGGCUUUUUCCCCUUACGGGGGCCGCUAAAAAGUAAACCAUUUUUUUUCUUGUAAAUGUAGCAGUUGACAGAACUUACAUAACUUACAUAAACGUACAAAAAUACUUUUUUACAAAAAUCUAAAACCAUUUGAAUAAAUGUGUUAAACAUAUGGUAAACUAUUGUGUCCUCUACUAAAGAGCAUCCAGUGUUUAAAACUGUUAAUAAUGAAUAGUUGUAAAAGUGGUGUAUUUUUAUGAAAAAACUGCUUGCAUAAGUAAUUUUGAAAAAUAGAUUUUUCGCUUUCAGAAAAGAAAAAAAGUAGCCGUUGCAUCAGAACUUUGAAUGGUCUAAAAUAUUAUUAUGACGAUGUUCACUUUCUUAUAUAGUUGACGAUCUAGAUCUAGAACUAUAGAAAUGUGUGAUGGUUAGGAAAAACAUCAAGAUUUCAAUGUUGCUAGCUUGAGAUUUUAAUUUUAAAAGCCUGAGUAUCGGUAUAUUGUCUUAUAUAUUACAGACGUUACUUCAAAAAAAAAAGAAGAUAAUUACGUCCUACGCAUUUCAUGUAUCAAUCUAGUCAUGCAAGACAACCUAUUUCCAUUUUAAAAUUAUAGGCUAUAUGCAUGCGUAGCAGUUUUUUUUGUUUUUGUUUUUUGUUUCUAAUGUAAGCUAGUACUAACAUUGCAUAUACAGUAGUAAUUAUAAGCAAAGCAAUAUACCUGGAAAUACAUUUGUGCAUUUCUGUAGUAUCCAGUCAAGAGCACAGAAAUUAAAUGUUGUCCUAUCCAAUACCUUUAAUGACCUUAAGUAUUAUUUGAACAGCAGAUUCCUAAUGGUCACAGUCCACAUUGUCAAGUAUAAGAGAGCGAGCUGUUCACAAGUAUGACACGCUUGACCGCGCAAAUUUAGCUGACCAUCAGUAGCAGGUUGACUAGUCGUAAUAGCAGGUCAGGCCACAAAAAGCACGGAGAAAAAAAGAUGAUACUCAGACCUUUCCAGAUAAACAGUUAUUGGGAUCAAAAUGAGAAAAAUUCAAGUUAGAAAGUAAUAGAGGGUAAGAUAUAUAACGUAACGGGUCUAGAAGCUUCUUGUGGCGGUAAUAUUUAAAGAGCCUAAAGUCGCUAAUUAGUGAAUUGGAGUUAUUCUACACGGCUUGUUAGUCCUUAAUCAUUAGUAUUGUUUCUGUAUCUACACUUCAUAUUUGUUUUACGUUUGAAAGUAUGAAACACUUCAAAAAUAUAUUCAGUACCACAUUACUUCACUGUCUCUUAGUUGUGAUUAAAUUUAACAUCUUCUACGAAUCCCCAUAUGCCAGAUGAUUGCGGAGAAAAUACAACACAACCCUUUCUUCAAACACAAUUGAGACAUUAAAUUUUCAGUAAUGAAUUUAUUACAGAGUCUACAGUCAUGACCAGAAACUGACUCCAGAAAAAAUACUAUUUUAAAGUAUUAUUAGGUAAAAAUGUGUAAAAUUGCUGAUUAAUAAAAAAAAACAAAAAACUAUUGUAUAUUUGUAUAAAUAAUUAACAAUUUAUAAAUGUCUAAAAUAUUUAUUUAUAUUUUGUAUGAACCAACUGUCUUGUACGUUCUCUUGUUAUAACAUGCUUUUUUAAAAUCAAUAUAAAUAAGUCUCUACCACACGAUGAAUGUCUAUAGUCAUUAUGUGAAGUUAUUUUUUAAAACCUGCUGAUGCUGUUUUCUUUUUAUACAACUUUAAAAUGACAACGUUUUACAAUAAAUGUUAUUUAUAUUUUUAAUUGCA